GUUUGCGGCGCAGGCGCGCUGCCGUCUUUCUCUCUGAAGCGUGAUGGCGGCGAGCAACGUUGCGUCGGCAGCGACUCCCCUCCUGUCUCUGGACCCGGAGCGGCAGCGCGAGUUCCAGGCUGAAGUUCACCGGGUGCGCAAGGCGGCCUCCAAGAAUCAGGUGGUGAAACCGGGCGUCGUUUACGUGGGUCACCUCCCGAGAGGCCUCUACGAGGCUCAGCUCCAGCAGUACUUCAGCCAGUUUGGAACAGUGACUCGGGUCCGCCUUUCGAGGAGUAAAAAGACAGGAGGUAGCAAAGGUUAUGCUUUUGUGGAAUUUGAGUAUGAUGAAAUUGCAAAGAUAGCUGCAGAUACCAUGAACAAUUACCUUGUCCGUGAAAAGCUCUUGAAAUGUGAGUUUAUGCCAGCAGAAAAAGUACAUGAAAACCUCUUUAAAGGUUCUGAGCGGAAGUUCAGAAAGUCAUCAUAUCCCGCCGUAAAACGCUACAACCGGACUCGAACAGCACAGGAAGAAGAAAAGAUGGCUGAGAGGCUGUUGAAAAAGGAAAACAAGUUGCGAAAAAGGCUCGCUGAGAAAGGAAUAGAUUAUGAUUUCCCUGGAUUUAGUGCUCUGAUGCCUCCAAUAAAGAAAAAGAUGAUUUCAAAAUCAGAUUCUAAUGAAGAUGCAUCAGUGGAUGAUGAA